UGGACAACAAAAUUCGAAGCUUCUGUCGUAUGUGUUCAGUAGAAAAAAAAAAAAAAAAAAAGGGCCUUGGAAGGUUCAAGGGAAACACCGAAACGCGCCGUGGACGAUCAGCCUUCAGUUUGAACAUGGCUGUCAAGUACAUCUUACCCGCUGUCAUGGGAUCAUUUGCAGUCGCAUUUGUGUGUGACCAUUUUCUUGCUGAUAAGAAGAUAUUUGGAGGAACUACCCCAAAAACUGUUGCAAUCAAGGAAUGGUGGGAAGAAACUGACAAAAAAUUCCAGGCAUGGCCUCGUACUGCAGGUCCACCAGUGGUUAUGAAUCCCAUCAGUCGCCAGAAUUUCAUUGUUAAGUCCCGCACUGAAUCUUGAAGAUUUCAUGCUUUCACUUAAUUGGUUCCCUCCUCAGAUAGAACUUCCUAGUCCUAAAAUAUGUUUUUCUUGUUUGAUACUUGGAAAGAUAGAUCUGAAUAAAUGUGAGGAAAUAUAGAGUUUCUUUCUUUC